AAUUUAACCCCUCGAAUAGGCAUCUAGCCCCUCGUGCGGAAUAUGCCAUGGUAGUAAUGUUUGCCUUAUACAAUAUCUCCUUACGUUUCUUACGCCACUCGGAGAACGCUAUCGGUCAACCUUUCUCGCUUGACUUAUUUGCCACAUAACUAAAUUACGCCACUGCGAAUCAGAUCUACGGGUAACUUUCCGUGCUAAGUUCACGACACCGCGUUUUGCUUUGUUUAAUAUCGCCCAGAGUUUGUAAUGUACAACAUCGCGAUCCUAGGAGGCGGAGUGAUAGGGCUGACUACGGCGGCCGUUCUUCAAGAUCGCCUCAGCUCCACGGCGAAUAUUACCGUCUACGCCGACCGACUGUCGCCCAACACCACCGGUGACGUUUCCGCCGGCCUGUGGACACUUUUUCUCAUCCAGGACCCUGAUCUGGACAAAAUUUUAGCGUGGGGGAGGAGAACCUAUGAGUGGGUGUUGCAAUUGUGGAAGGCUGGACAUGCGGGCGAGGCGGGGAUUGCCCUGCAACCAGUCAAGUUGCUGUUGAACGAUGGAACGCAGUCGAAGAAUGCGAGCGUCGUCUUCGGCGAAUGCCCGAUGGCUAAGGUCCAGGUGGAGGAGGUGAACAAGGCUUUACAAGUGGAAUUCCAGGCAGGUGUCAACUACGUCACGUUUACUUGCCAAAUGACAAAGUACCUACCGUUCUUGCAGCGCAGAUUCGUUCAGGAGGGUGGCAAAAUUGUGGUGAGGAGAGUGGAUAGCUUAAACCAGCUAGGUGAAUAUGAUGCGAUUGUAAAUUGCAGUGGAAUGGAUGCAUCUUCUUUGGUGGGGGAUGACCAAAUGUCACCCAUAAGAGGCCAAGUUAUUAAGGUGGAAGCUCCAUGGCAAUUCUCCACUGUGCUAGCGGGUGGUAGUUACGUCAUCGUUAAUGAGGAGAGUACAGUUCUGGGCGGUACUGCGCAGAUUGGAGACUAUGGACAGGAUGUACGCAGUUCUGAUUCGGAAAAGAUUCUUCGCAACUGUACCAAACUGGUACCUUCACUUAAAAACACCAAAGUAAUCGCUCACAUGGCGGGUUUACGUCCGGGAAGAACGCGCGUGAGAUUGGAGACGGAAAUUAAGGAAAUUGCCGGAAGGAGACUACCUGUCAUUCACAACUACGGACACGGAGGUUCGGGAGUAACGUUAUCUUACGGAUGUGCUUUGUCAACGCUACAGCUGGUCAAGGAGGCGCUCAAAAUCAACCUCAAAAGCAAAAUGUGAUUCGGAAUCAUCUCACUAACCUAUAGACCUAAAAACAAUUUAUUGGAAUACAGAUUUAGCAUUUUU